GACACGGUGGGCUAUUUGUAGUGUCUAUGGGCUUGGGGAAGCGAAUUACUACAUUAGGAAAAAUUUGGGCUGGGUCGAUUUACCAAACUAAAGGCUAAGAUUAUCUAGGUAUUUGACCACAAGGAUAUAAUGGCCUGAUUCAUCAUCUUGUUCGUUCUUUAAAUAUUUGUUCUGGGGGAUGAUCUACGUCUCCACCGCCAAGCUCGCCGUCAUCGACGAGCCGGAACGACCGAGUCUCUCGCCGAUCACUGCCGCUGCUGAUCCUGCUUUCUCCACUCCGGAGGAGAAGGAGCACCGGAUCACGAAGCCGGUGACCUGUCCUCCAGCGCCGCUCAGAGCUCCCCCGAAGCGCAAGCUCUCCCGCUCCGCGAUCCUCAAGAUAACCUAAAAGUUCCGGGCGGGCAGGGAGUUCUUCCGCUCGCCAGAGCUCGAAGUCGCACUCGUUGUCAACUUUUUCGCUGUCGAGACCGCCCGUCGAGCUCCUCUCAAGUGCGAUCUCCGGACUCUCAAGUACUUCCCCUAGCUACCGACAUCGUUGAAUUGUCUUGUAAUUAGGAUUUCACCUGGGAAUUGUUUCGAAUUUGGGAUUCUCUCCUUGGGUUGCUCGGAGAUUAGGCUGCCGGCGGAUCAUCUCCCCCACAGGCCUGAAUGCGGUCUUGUCAGUUAUAAUCACGAACAGGGUGGCGGUUACGCUUCUUGGCCGACGGUUCAGAUAAGUAUUCCUUUAUCAUUUAUUUUUUAUUAUUAUUAUUAUUGUUAUUUAUUUAUUUCCCUUAAUAUAUCCUUCAUACUUUAUUUGUUUUUAAUUAUUCUUUCAAACUUUUUUCAUUUUUCUCGUAUGUAUCUAUUGCCUUCUUUUUAAAAUUAUAUACUUUCAAAUUGUUAGGUCUCCGAAAUUUAGGUUGUACCUUUUUUAAAAAUAAAAAUAAAAGUUUAGGUGUGUAUCGGGUGGUGCCGGUUAUCUAGGGUUUCCCGAUGACCUGGUACUCUAUUUCAAGGGCGAAUUGCUGCCUUGUGUCUAUGUUGACUUGUUGGCUCUUUGGCUUGGAUGGUCCUGGUAGGGACCUUUGUUUGCUCAUUUUGCAGGUGAAGAUUCAAUUGCACAAUAGUCGAUCGGUGGCGGGUGUCUUGUCCACUAGGUGGCCUUUUGAUGAGAUUUGAUGGAGCACUUGGAAAUGACGCCCCUGAUGUUGAAGGAACCCCUUGAACACUAUUAAUAUUUAGUUUGAUGGUGCGGUCAAGCAUAGUCACGAAGGUAGUAUUGCUUUUGUGGGUUUCCAAUUGUCAAUUGAUACAGCGGGAUGGUGGGAGGCGACUUGGCGCAUGAUCGGGGUGGGCUCUAUUCGAGGAUACUCGGAGCUUAGCUUCUCACUUCAGUCGGAUUUCUUACUGCUUUGUUUCUGUUCGACUAAAUAGGGCUGCCCAUCAUGUGGCACAAAAGGCCCUCUCAUCGGGAGUUCGACUAUUGGUGUCGACGAUCCCGGGUUUUCCUUUCUUCCUCCUUGUGACUAUCUUUUCAACACUAACUUUGCGAAAAAAAAAAUAUUUGUUCUGGUAAAUGAGAUGAAAAGAAAAGCCGGAGAUUUUC